CCCCACCCCGGAUUUACGUCCCUGGUCCAAUGUGCCUUGAACUACGGGCUUGGUCUGCAUCGUGUAAAACAAUUCAGUGGAAAUUGACGGAUAUCAAGACCGCAGGACCUUCGUAGAAAUAUGAAGGUUUCUGACAACAGUCUGACGAGUACCAUAUCAUUAUACAUCUACCGGGUUCAUACUGCAAUUGUUGGAAGUCCAAACGGCCAGAUAAUGCCAUACGUGGCCCUGGUUUGGUGCGGUUUCCUGGCAAAAUGGUGACGAUAUUUCCGGUGUCAGAGAGGAAGGAUCCUCCAAUGACACAGCGUGCAGUAUAAAAACACGGAGAGGCAGAACUGAAAUGCCAUUUAAUUAAUUCAACUGCGAACAUUACUGGAAGGGUUUCAGUGCAGCACGGGCGCCGGCAUUUCCUUGUCCUGCACGUAAUAAGUCGACACAGCUGCAUGCAGCAUUGACCUCAAAGAGAUUCCACCAGUUGAUGUGAUAUCAGACUCAUUUCUUGCCGUAUCAAUUUUAAAAUAAAGUUGAAGGGUUCGGUCAGAAUAUAUCAACAUCUCCAACAGGACUGCCGGACUAUGGCCAGUCUUACAUUGACGUCGCUGAUUAGUCUUGUAGUAUCCCUACAAGCCGUUCUCUACGUGCAAUCGAAGGAGGUACAGCACCUGAUGAGUGGUGUGGGUUUUCUGCAGAAGUACGGGUACAUGGGCCAGCCGGACCCCAACGCCAACGAGCUUAUCUCCGAGAUCGACGUCCGACAGGCCGUCAUGUUGAUGCAGCGGUUCUCCCACUUACCCAUGACCGGGGAAAUUGACGAGGAGACAGCCAGGAUGAUGAACAAGCCCCGCUGCGGCCUGCCGGACCUUCCGAGUAGAAAUCGGGACAGCCGCUGGUACGGGACCAGGGGCUACCGCGGAGGACGGGCCAGGCGGUACCUAGCCGAGGGAGUCCGCUGGUACAAACAGGAGCUUACCUACUACUUUGAUAACUUCACGCCGGACCUGUCACGUACUCAGGUCCGCGACGCCAUCGAGAGAGCCUUCAAGACCUGGAGUGACGUCACACCGCUGCGAUUCCGCGAGAUUCAGAGCGGGAACCCGGACAUCCACAUCAAGUUCGCCCGGCGUAGCCAUGGCGACAGUUACGCCUUCGACGGGCGGGGUGGCACGCUCGCGCAUGCGUUCUUCCCCGGGGCUGAUAUCGGCGGUGAUGCGCAUUUCGACGACGACGAAACGUUUACAUAUGCUUCAUACGAAGGAACCAAUCUCUUCACCGUUGCCGCCCACGAGUUAGGUCACUCCCUCGGCCUGGGUCACUCUGACGUGCCUGGGGCGUUGAUGGCGCCCUACUACCAGGGUUACGAUCCCGAAUUCCGGCUGCUCUAUGACGACAUCGCUGGAAUCCAAAGCUUGUAUGGUUCCAAUCCCAGACCGCCGCCCCGCCCUCAGCCCCGUCCUACCUCCCCACCAGAGCCCACUAACCCGCCUGUGACCGCCGAACCCACCCUGUCGCCUACCUGUGUCGGUAAAUUCUCAGCAGUGUCCGAUAUCCGUGGAGAAGUUUUCAUCUUUAAGAAAGACCAAAUGUGGCGGCUGUCAAAUUCUGGUACCCCGCUCACUGGUUACCCGAUGCCAACGAGUAGGUUUUGGCAAAUGGCGCCCUCUGGUGCCGACGCUGUCUUCGAGAAACUCGACGGGUCGAUAGUUUUCAUAAAAGGAACAAGGCACUGGGAGUUUAACGGGCUGAGCCUGAAGCGUGGCUUCCCCCAGGAUCUUCCGAGACUCACGGGAGGCGAACCGUCUGAAGUCGACGCCGUCCUCUCGCUCAGGCGAGAGGCCAAGACGUACUUCUUCAAGGGCGACCUCUGUUGGCGCUUUGACGGCAUGGAUGAGCAGAUGGAAGGCGACUAUCCUAAGUUGAUCACGGAGGAGUGGGUUGGAGGACCCGACCGCGUAGAUGCGGCUUUCCACUUCGACAACAACGUAUACCUCAUCAAGGGGAACCAGUACUGGCAAUUCAGCGACGGCAGCAUGACGGCUGAAGCGGGGACUAGGUGGCUAACGGUAGACUUUCUGGGAUGUUCAGAAGAUACUGUGGUCACGGACGAUGUGGGCAUCCCCGAUGACGCCAUCAGGACAGCUUCCGGUCUCUGGAUUUGUGUCGCGUCGGCGUUGGUGGCGCUUCUGUUUUUCAGAUGAUUCGCAGAAGUCCUGUGUUUGGAUAAGAUCAGACAGGACUGAUACAAGUUAGACUUGAUGUAAAUGUUUGUUGUUUAUUGGUCAUUCUAUAAAUCUAGUGUAAAAUGUGACAUUUUUCCGAGUCCCUGCACCUUGGUACUUCGUCUCGGGUGCUAUGCUGAUUAUGCUCCCCUCGGGUGUUCAAAACGUCGUAUCCCACAUCACAGCAGUCAACAAUUGUUUUGUUAUACCUCUGUCUUGGAUUCGUUGGAUUGU